AUGUAUGGGAUACAGCCACCCAGCGCGCUCCCUGUUCCCAGAAUGAGGACUCCGAGCCCAGGGAAGAUCGAUGUUGAAGUUCCAAUCGCCAAGUCUGCCUCAAAAACCUUGGCGGCGCGGCCACCGACUAAACGUCCCUCGAUCAAUGGCUUGCGCAAAAAGCCCUCGGCCCCGGCACUGGGGAAAGCACUUGCUGCAGACACACCAAGGAAGACGUCACUAGCAUCGCGGGGAUCAUCGGUGGCUUCUUAUGAGGGAACCACUCCUUCCAGCGCAUCAGUUGCAUCUGGCAGCACAGCCAUCACCUCGGACUCGGCCGAGCCUGGCCUGACGUAUAGGAAGUCGUCGGCAGCGCUGCGUGAGCAAAUCGCGAAGGCGAAGGCGGCCAAACGAGCCGCGGCGCAGCAUGGCCCAUCCUCUACCACCGGACCAGUUUCCGAGAAGUCGCCGCUCGUACCCACCGACGCGAGUUUUGCUUUCGGCUUAUCUGCCGACCCGUUCAACCAGCAUCGCGAUGACAAGUCGCAAGCCAAGGUGCUCAAAAGCCGCUUGGAAACGGCAAGAACGAGCGGCCGGCUUAACAUCGCCGCCAUGGGCUUGAGAGAAAUCCCCGCAGAGGUGCUCAACAUGUAUGAUCUCGAGUCCAUUGGCCAGUCUGGCAGUGCUUGGGCCGAGAGUGUCGAUUUGACACGCUUCGUUGCCGCCGACAAUGAACUGGAGAUGAUCAGCGACGCGGUGUUCCCGGAUGUUGACCCGCAGGAGCUUGCGGAGCAGGAUGAUGCUCAAGAAAACAUUUUUGCUGGUCUUGAGACACUGGACCUUCACGGAAACAUUCUCAUCAACCUCCCGAUGGGCCUGAGGCGCCUGUCCCUGCUCACAUCCCUCAAUUUGUCAUUGAACCGGCUGUCCAACAGCUGUCUCGAGGUGAUCUGCCAAGUCACGUCCCUCAAGGAUCUGAAGCUCGGAGGGAACCUUCUGUACGGACCACUUGAUCCAUGCUUCUGCAAAUUAGAGAAUCUCGAGAUAUUGGAUCUGCACGGCAACAACAUCUCAUCGUUACCGUCCGACAUUGGCAGUCUCUCUCGCCUGCGGAUCUUGAACCUCAGCGAAAACACCUUCGAAGAGUUGCCCUUUGAGCUUCUUGCUCGUUUACCGUUGACGGAGCUGGUUGCUCGCAAGAAUCAGCUUCACGGCACGCUGAUUCAAGACACCGUUGAUACUCUGCCAACGCUACAAACGCUCGAUGUCUCAUCCAACCAGCUAGUUCACAUCUGCUCGGCAGGGAGGACGGUCGCAAUGCCUGCGCUGCGCCAGCUUUGUAUCUCCAUGAACCGGCUCCAGUCGCUGCCCAAUAUCAGCGGCUGGACGGGUCUUCUCACCCUGGCGGCGGACGAGAACAACAUCAAUGCCAUUCCGGAAGGUUUCGUGGCACUCGGGCAGCUGAGGUCAGUCAAUUUCUCAAGCAACGACAUUCGCGUCGUCCCUGCCGAGAUUGGACGAAUGGAUAACUUGGUCAAUCUGCGACUGAGCGGCAAUCCGCUGCGAGAGAAGAAGUUCAGCACCAUGAGUACCGAUGAGCUGAUGCAGACUCUUGGUCAACGGCUGGAGUCACCUCCUGAGGAGGCCGGACAGCAAUUGGAACCGGCGCCCAGCAACAGCAAGGACACAUAUAUGACCGCGGCUGAGGAGUCAGCAGCUUCCGUGGCUCGGGACCAGGACCACUACGCGGAUGACGACGACAGUCGUUCUGACCUGGACGAUUUUGCCACUCCGCCGACAUCUGCACCCGGUUCUCCCGCCGGCUCGCGGUCUCAAAUUGCCACAUGGGAGGUCAAGUCCGGCGGCGUCCUGGACCGCUCCAACACCGAAUCUUCUUCCCUUCACCCGGUCAUCUGCUCCAAGCUCGCCACAACCCACAAAAUCUACGAGGUCCAGCUGCACCAUAACCUCUUCACGGGCUUUCCCGAAUCCCUCACUUUCUUCGCCGAGACCUUGACCGCCCUCUCUCUCGCGUACAAUCAGCUCAUGGGCGAAACCUACCUCGGUGGCUCCACCAACAACGAGGUUUUGGACCUCCCGGCCCUGAAAGAACUCAACCUCACCCACAAUCACAUCACCGGCCUCGCCCCUCUUACGACCCACCUCCGCGCCCCGCAGCUGCAGAAGCUCGACAUCAGCUUCAACCGCGUCGCGGCGCUGCCGCAGGGCACACAGCUGAAGGAUAGCUUUCCCAAUCUCACGGUGCUGCUGGCGUCGAACAAUCACCUGGCUGACCUUGAUCCGGAGGCGAUUUGGGGGUUGAAGGUCGUGGAUGCGGCGAACAACGAUAUUGCGCACUUGAAUCCGCGGAUCGGGCUGCUCGGUGGCCAGGGAGGGUUGGAGAGGUUGGAGGUGAGCGGGAAUCGGUUCAGGGUGCCGAGGUGGAAUGUGCUGGAACGUGGCACCGAGGCGACGCUGAGGUGGUUAAGGGGAAGGGUGCCUGUUGCGGAGACGGCGGGUUGGAAGGGGGAGGAUGGGGUCGAGGGGAAUGAGUUGGACUGA